AACAGCCAACCGAUGACGUCAGCGUAUUCCGAGCAUGCCUACAAAGGUCGAAAAUAAACAAAGACCCAGAAAAGAGCCUUGCGCUAUUUCAGUCUAAAUUGCAUUCGAGUCUGCAUUUACCGCCCAGUUCACCAUGGAAAACGUCUUUUCAUGUCGAGCAAGUGUUUAUUUAGACCAAGGAGGCAGGAAGUACAUGGAGGAUUUUGUUCAGAUUAAACAGGAUGAUGAGCCGAGCGAGGACGAGCUGAACGCCGCUGCUGAGCGUGGCGAGACGGAAGUGGAGAACGCCUGCGAGAAACUUGAACACAGAGCCGCGGAACGGGCGCGGAGCCUUGCGGCGGAGGGGUCGCGACUGUCUCCGCCGAGAUCCCGCGCCCCGCUGCUGCAGAGUGAGGAAGCUGAUGGCGGCGCGGUGAGGAGCAGGCGUCGUUCCCGGGCUGUAGCUUUCUACGCGGUGUUUGAUGGGCACGGCGGCCCCGACGCGGCGCGGUACGCCCAGACUCAUCUCUGGGAUCUGAUUAAAAAACAAAGAGGCUUCUGGUCCACAGACGACGAAGAGGUUUGCGCUGCCAUCCGGAAAGGCUUCAUCGCCUGCCACCACGCCAUGUGGAAGAAACUGCCGGAAUGGCCGAGGACAGCGACUGGCCUCCCUAGCACAUCUGGAACAACUGCAAGCGUUGUUGUGAUUCGCCGUGAUCGUGUGUAUGUGGCCCAUGUUGGAGACUCGGCUGUGGUUUUAGGGGUGCAGGACAGUCCCGCUGAUGAGGUGCUUCGAGCAGAAGAAAUCACACAAGAUCACAAACCUGAGCUACCCAAAGAGAGGAAAAGAAUCGAGGGACUGGGAGGGAGUGUGAUUAAAAAAUCUGGGGUGAAUCGAGUGGUGUGGAAGAGACCCAGGCUCACUCACAAUGGACCAGUCAGAAGAAGCACAGUCAUUGAUCAGAUUCCUUUCCUCGCUGUAGCUCGAGCUUUAGGUGAUCUAUGGAGUUAUGACUUCUACAGUGGUGAGUUUGUAGUUUCGCCUGAGCCUGACACUGCUGUUAUCAAGUUGGAUCUAAAACGGCACCGCUACAUCAUCCUGGGCAGCGAUGGCCUUUGGAACAUGGUUUCACCACAAGAAGCAGUAUCCAUGUGUCAGGAGACCGAUAGGGCCAAGACCAAGUGCCAAAAGACAAGGGAACAUAUUUGUAGUGCUCAGGAGCUGGUGAACCAAGCCCUUCAAAGAUGGAGUCAGCGCUUGCUUCGUGCCGACAACACCAGCGCUAUAGUCAUUUGCUUGGAGCCAAUAGGGACGUUUUCUGAACCUUUGCCCCCAUAUGAAGUUGUGUACAACCUGCAGGGAGCAAAGUCAUGCACUACUACAGAGUCUCCAUCCAGCACUCCACACAUCAAGGAGGCAGAUGUGUCUUCUCCUGGUUGUGAACCGGAAUCGUUGGGCCAACGAAUUGCUGACAGUGGAACGGGCGAUUCUGAAUCAUCAGAGUCUGACUUUCCUAGCAAAGAUCUCAGCGAUGAGAGCUUGAAUACUGACAAGAAUAGUGACAUAGUGCCCACUGGCAAACGGAUGCUGGAGGAUCUCUCCAUCCCUGCAGGAAAGAGGGCACGUCGUAGUCUUCCUCACAGCCACGCUUCCUCAUGCACUACUCGUCGGAGGUACAGUGAGCGUCCAUCUCUGAGACGUGGGAGCAAAAAUCAGAAGCAGUCCAACAAAGUACAAGGUCUCUUACAGGAGCACGGAAAUGCUACUGUAUGUGUUUGCUAACAUUCGUCUUGUGUGUGGUUUUUGACGCGCUCUCACACUUGGGAUGGAUGGUCACAAACUCAGAUUAACUUCUUAUAAGCUACUGAGGAACCAGGCUCUAAAGUUAGAAGGUAAAAAUGUAAGAAUGGAUUGAUUUUAGGAGUAAAGCAGGCAUGACAAUGCAAUAUAGUGUACUGCUUUUCAUCUGGCAUAUUGUGGUAAACCUGUUGUGUUCCAAUUUUUUCUGGGUCAUGUAAAAUAAUGGAGGAUCUGUUAAAUGCCCCAAAUUUCUGUGUCGCUUAUCACCUUCUCUAUAGUGUUUAUGUUCAAUCUUGUAAUGCUGCAGUCCAAUCACCUACACAUUUUUGGCCUUGUAUGUACUUGGGGCUCAGACACUUUAUGUUGAAGAAUUCCUGCUGUCUUCCAUUCGUCGUAGUGGAAGGAUCAUGUGAAAAAUUCAACAGAAGAAUGCAUAUCUUCCGGGAAGAUAUUUCUCCUCGCAGAUGACAUGUACAUAUUCCAAAGAACAAUUUUAAAGAGUGACAAUUUACUUUGAGCAAUUCAAUAGUCUAUGUAUUUUUAUACACUUUGUUUUACAGAACAAAGAAGGCACACAGUUUCUACUAGCAUGGAAUCUUAAUCUCUUGUCAUUAUGUAUGAUCUUACCUCGUCAAACAAGCAAGAAAUAUAUACACGUCAAAGUCGAAGUUUUAAAUACGUAUUAGCAUUAUCCAGCAUCUCAUUUCCAGGUCAAUGUUUGUUAUAUUGGGUUUAUUGUUUUUUAAAGUUGUUUUUUUUUUCCUAUCUGUGAGACUUUCAUGUGCAACUUAAGGUGCUGCUAUGUUUAACCAGGUAAAUAAAAAAACUUGAUAAAUUAAAUUAAAAUGUGUUGACUUGCCACCCAAUGUUUUGUGGUAUACAAGUAGAACAAGCUUUCCAGAGUGACCAGCUCUCAUCUUAAUACACGAAAUAUAUUCCUUAGCAGAGCUGCUAUGUUCAGGAUAUAUCUAACUAGCUAACAGUAGUGUCAUUAUCUAGCUAACUAACAAUGACCACUAGCUAACAUCUGGCAUUAGCUAUCUAACUAUAGCCACAGUUCAUUCAACUGAUGUAGUCUACAGUGGGAACUCGGAAGUGGAAACACCCAUGCAAGCCAUUUGUGUUGUCACUCCAACCUGAAGUGCUUAAAAGCCUUUAAAGGGCACUUCUCAGUUGUCUGUUUUGAAUUGAACCAUUGGAUAUACCAAUAUUCUAUAUUAAAAAUAUCCACUAUAAAUAUACCUAUAAAUAUAGGUCAAGAAAGUGUACUUUAUAUAUACCGAUCAGCCAUAACAUUAAAACCACCUGCCUAAUAUUGUGUAGGUAUCACUUGUACCAACAAAACAGCUCUGACCCGUUGAGGCAUGGACUCCACAAGACCUCUGAAGGUGUGCUGUGGUAUCUGGCACCAAGACGUUGCAGUAGAUCCUUUAAGUCCUGUAAGUUGCAAAGUGGACCUCUAUGGAUCGGACUUGUUUGUCCAGCACUUCCCAUUAAUGCUAAAUCAGACUGAGAUCUGGGGAAUUUGGUGGCCAAGUCAACACCUUGAACUCUGUCAGGUUCUCAAACCAUUCCUGUACAAUAUUUGCAGUGUGGCAGGGCACAUUAUCUUGCUGAAAGAGGCCACUGCCGUUAUGGCAGAAGAACAUUGCCCAGAGCAUCACACUUCCUCCACCGGCUUGCCUUCUUCCCAUAGUGCAUCCUUGCGCCAUCUUUUCCCCAGGUAAGCGACGCACACGCACCCGGCCGUCCACAUGAUGUUAAAGAAAACGUGAUUCAUCAGACCAGGCACCUUCUUCCAUUGCUCCAUGGUCCAGUUCUGAUGUUCAUGUGCCCAUUCUAGGUGCUUUCAGCUUUGGACAGGGGUCAGCAUGGGCACUCUGACCAGUCUGCAGCUACGCAGCCAAAUACGCAGCAAGCUGCGAUGCGCUGUGUUUUCUGACACCUUUCUAUCAUAGCCAGCAUUAUCUCUUAGCAUUAUCUCUUAUUAGCUCUUCUGUGGGAUUCAACCAGACAGGCUGGCCUUCGCUCUCCACGCCCAUCAGUGAGCCUUGACCGCCCAUGACCCUGUCACCGGUUCACCCGCCCUUGCACACCAGGAACACCCCACAAGACCUGGCAUUUUGGAUAUACUCUGACCCAGUCACCUAGCCAUCACAAUUUGGCGCUUGUCAAAGUCACUCAUAUCCUUAAGCUUGCCCAUUUUUCCUGCCGCCAACAGAUCAACUUCAAAAACUGGCUGUUCACUUGCUGUCUAAUAUAUCCCACCCCUUGAAAGCUGCCAUUGUAACAAGUUAAUCAAUGUUAUUCCUGUCAGUGGUUUUAAUGUUAUGGCUUAUUGAUGUAUAACGGAAACUAGUAACAGCAUGCCUAUAGUUGAGCUCUUAGUCUGAAAACAUCAACCACUGCAUUCAUGUUUGCCUGUGGAUACUAUGAAUAUUAACAUUAAUUAAAGUUAACACUUAUCAUAUAAAAUA